AUGGCGGCUUCCGCAAGUUUGGUGUCUCGGUUCCGUGCUUGUUUGGCGUCUGCCGUAGCAGGGGAUGUUUUAGGAAGUGAAUUUGAAGGAAUUUCUGCAGUUUCAUUGAAAGCAGCAACACAGCAUGUUGAGAGGUUUUCUUCGAAUACAGAUGAACGUCAGCUGGAAUUCACAGAUGACACAGCCAUGGCAAGAUCUAUCUGUGUGUCAUUAAUUCAUAAUAAAGGGUACAAUGCAAAACACAUGGCACGAAGGUUUGCAGAGGAGUACAAGAGACAACCUCACCGGGGAUAUGGAGGAAAUGUUAUAUCUGUAUUUGAACAACUCUUAGAUGAAUCCUUGCUGGAUGUAUAUGAACCAUCUCGUAAACAGUUUGAUGGAAGCGGUUCCUAUGGUAACGGUGGUGCAAUGAGAAUAGCUCCUGUUGCGUUGUUUGCCUAUAAUGAUUUGAAUGCAAUGAAGAAGAUAGCCAAGGAGAGUACACUAUUAACACACUCCAACUAUUUAGGCUACAAUGGAGCAUUACUCCAGUGUGCUGCAGUCUACUACAUAUUACAUAGUUCACAACCCUUUGAUGUAGAUAACUACUUAGAUCAGUUACAUCAGUUUAUGCAUGACUUAGAAGAGGAGACCAAACCAGAAACUUCGUACUGUGUGAAAAUAAAGAAAAUAAAAGAUAUGCUUCAAGACAGUACUCUAUCUAAUGCAAAGGUUGUAGAAACACUAGGUCAUGGUAUAGCAGCCUAUGAAUCAGUACCAACAGCUAUUCAUGCAUUUAUUCAUUGCUUGGAACCAGUUAAAGAUAGGAAUAGUAAUGGAAUAUUACGAACUAUAAUUUAUGCUAUUACUUUAGGUGGAGACACAGAUACUAUAGCCACCAUGGCAGCCGCCAUUGCUGGUGCAUAUUAUGGGAUGGAGCAAGUUCCAGAUGCUUGGAGCAAAAGUUGUGAAGGCGUUGAUGAUGCUAUAGAAUAUGCUGAUCAGUUAUACAAAUUAUGUAAUAAUAACUAAAUUUCUCAGUCACAGUUUCUAAAAAAAUUUUUAUUUGAGUCACAGCUGUUUUUAUUAUUUAAAAAGUGGGCAGGAC